CAGGAGGCAGAGAAGAUGGGCAUCCUCAGCGUAGACUUGCUGAUCACACUGCAAAUUCUGCCAGUUUUUUUCUCCAACUGCCUCUUCCUGGCGCUCUAUGACUCGGUCAUUCUGCUCAAGCACGUGGUGCUGCUGUUGAGCCGCUCCAAGUCCACUCGGGGAGAGUGGCGGCGCAUGCUGACCUCAGAGGGACUGCGCUGCGUCUGGAAGAGCUUCCUCCUCGAUGCCUACAAACAGGUGAAAUUGGGUGAGGAGGCCCCCAAUUCCAGUGUGGUGCAUGUCUCCAAUCCUGAAAAAGGUGACAGUAGUGGAAAUGGUGCCCCAGAGAAUGCGGCUGGAGCUGAAUGCCACCUCCUGGACUUCGCCAGCCCCGAGCGCCCGCUGGUGGUCAACUUCGGCUCGGCCACCUGACCUCCUUUCACGAGCCAGCUGCCAGCCUUCCGCAAACUGGUGGAAGAGUUCUCAGCAGUGGCUGACUUCCUGCUGGUCUACAUCGACGAGGCCCAUCCUUCGGACGGUUGGGCGGUGCCUGGGGACUCCUCUUUGUCUUUCGAGGUGAAGAAGCAUCGAAACCAGGAAGACCGAUGUGCGGCCGCCCACCAGCUUCUGGAGCGUUUCUCCUUGCCGCCUCAGUGCCGAGUUGUGGCUGACCGCAUGGACAAUAACGCCAAUGUAGCUUACGGGGUGGCCUUUGAACGUGUGUGCAUUGUGCAGAGACAGAAAAUUGCCUAUCUGGGAGGAAAGGGACCCUUCUUCUACAACCUUCAAGAAGUCCGGCGUUGGCUGGAGAAGAAUUUCAGCAAGAUGAAAUCUAGAUUAGCUGGUUAA